GCAGAGUAUAGAACUACUACAAAUGGAGUCAAUGUCAAAAUGGCCCGUCUCUGUACUGCGACACCUAGAAAAUCUGCGCUCAACACAGCAACCGGGUCUGGAAAUCUUCUUGGAACCAAAAUAAUCUGUAAAUCCCAAAGUGAAACACCACUCGGCAGGGACAUCCUCCGCAGCCAUUCCACCGCUCGCGUCGAUUAUAAAAGACCGGGGGCUGCCGCUUACUCUCACAGAUUUGUUCAUUAUUUUUGUUACAACUUCGUUUUCCUAUUGCCUUGCCAUGGUUUCAACUUACCUCCCGGCCCACGUUGAUCGCAGUGCCAUCCGCCCUUGCAUUGUUGACAUGAGGGUGCCAUUCAUCGAUAUUAACAGCGAGAAACAGGCCGUCCAACAGCAGCGAGCGCACAAAUCACCGUUCAUCGUGCUAGAGAAAGACUACUUCACAGUCUACAAUGUAAAUGGUGGCCCAUUAAAGUGUGACUAUAUCUCCCGGAACUAUAUCACAAUGAUGAUGCGGUACUACCCUGAGCGCCCUGGUAUGUGGUGUUGUUUUCAGGUGCGUAAUGGUCUGACUUUCAAUCCCGAGCCACCAGCUAUCUACUUUAUUCACGAAAAGUCCAGCAAUAUUUUGAUCGAGGACCCAUCAGAAUGCAACACGGUCUUGAUAUAUUACAACGAGAAGGACAUUGCGAGGUUUGCAGCGACAACAAGGGCUGCAGAUGGCUGCUGCAACCAUUUCUUUGUUGUAUAUGAGGAUGGAGUCGAGCAGUGCUUCGAUGCCAAUAAUCCACAGAGCAGCUACACUUUCCCACGCACCCUCAAAUUCGCGUUCUUACCGGCAGUGAGGAAGGGCGUUGACGCGAUUGAAAGGUUCAAGGAUGAGGACAGGCUGUUUGAGGAACGCCAGAUAUUCAAGCGCCUGCCAGACGGAGGAUUCAAGCUAAGGGACAUUAAUGGCGCCGAGGUUCAUGAUGGCGAGGAGUUUUCAUUGGUUGUCAAAUUCGAUGACGAUGACGAACGCGAGUUUGAUACAUAUGCUCUCGAGAUAUACGAAGGCGAACUCAUGGCUAGGCCAAUCCUUGACACUCUAUUCACUUGCGAGACAAUCGAAGGCAUUAUGUACCUGAAUUACAAUGGGCAGUAUCUACACUGCCCUGAUGAUAAAGAUGGUAGCAUAGUUGUCUCCCCAGAGCUGCCCGAACGGUCCGACCGUCUUCAAAUUAAUUAUGAUGGCGCGGACAUCCUCCUGACCAGGUGGGACACAUCAGAUUUUGCUAUCUAUGAAUGGGUUAAGGCAUCGGUAGGAUGCAUUGCACUCCAUGGUAAUUGGUAUGAACAGCGCCUUUAUGGUGCAGUGCGACUUCAGCUCAUCAAGGUAUAAAUAAAACGUAUCUUCU